UGUCCAGGGAUUUUUGGUGGAAUGUUCCUUUAAGGUGGAUGUGUGAGGACGUUGUAGGUGGAAUACUUUCUGAAACCAACCUUUUAGGUCAGCAUUCAAAGAUUUAAGGUGGAAUAUUCCUUUAAACCAACCUAAAUUUCAUGUUUUGAUCAUUAUCAAGCCAAAGGCUUGCACAGUUGAGAAGUCAGACUAAAAGGAAAAUCCUGUUUUGUUGUUAAAAUUGAGUAGCCCAUUUAAUCAGGAAGAUUUUAGGAUAAAUGCAUUUCAUAAAAGUUGAAUUUCGAGCAGAAAAUUUGUAUUUCAUGACAUUAUGUGCAGUAAGCUGUUAACUCCUAUAUAAUUAAACUAAAUCUGUGGAAACCAGGCAGAGCUUGAGAUAUCCUCCACCUGCACCCAGGAGGCUGACAGACUGCGCUCUGGCUCAGCCUUGAACGCCUUACGCACGGCUAGGUCUCCACCUCCUCCUGGUGCGUAACUGUGACACACCUGGAGACGGACUGGCACCAGUAAAACCAGACCACUGGCUCCCCUCGGCUCCAAGCAAGCAGCCUCCCAAAUAUGUCUUUGCUUCGUCCGGAUUGUAAUCUAACAUGCUGUGACUCAGAUUACGCGCAAUGAAUGUGGCAUGGGGUUCGCUCACGCUGGUCCUCAGUCUGGUGAGCCACACGGAGUCCAGGUGCUCACCGACCUCCUAUUAUAAGAACUGCUGGAUCCGACGAUUCCCGGGGAUUUUCAUCGACAUCGAGGAGUCUCAGAGGAGAGGAGCUCAGCUUUUAAAGUUCUACCAGGAGGAGACGGCGCUGAAAUGCAGCCGCACCUGCUGCCUGACCAGAAACUUUUCCUGUAAUCUGGCCAUAUUUCACUAUGAUACCACUCAAGAAAACGUGAACUGCUUCCAUCUGCAUUGUCCAACCCUGGAGAGCUGCAUUCUGAGUCACAGAGGCAACGUUGUUCUCUACAACAUCACAAAGGGUGUGGAUCCUGAUUUGUUGGUGUUCGGAAAAUACUUCACCUCUAAUGUCCGUGUGCUGCCCCACCACUACAGCCGAGUCAACGCCUCAGAGCCGCUGCCUUCAGACAAGCGCCAGUUCAUUCACCCUCCUCCACCCGUUGCCCUGCCCCCGACUUCUGCACCCUCAGCUAAACAUCCCACUACAGCCAGCGAGGUCCACACCACCACUGCAGCGCUGCAAGAAUCCACUCAGCUUGCUACAGUUCCAACAACCACCUUGUCUUCUACUGAAAAUACUCCACCAGCUUCAGGAAACUAUGUACAUACAACACCCCCCGCCACCUCCGCUGCUUCUCUUGCACCUCGCUUUACUACGCCUCUUUCGUCCACCCCAGUUACCACCCUCGGCCAGUACAACUCUGAAACCCUUCCUGCUUUUUCUACAAUGACUGCACAACCCUCCAAACCCACCUCUACCCAUCAUCCCACCACCACCAGCUUCUCUCAGCUAGCCAGCAGCCCUCCGCCUUCUACAACUCUUAUGGGCAACAUGGAGAGCAGCAAGCAGCAUCCCAACGAGACCAAGGGCAGCCUGGGGAGGAACCACACUGCAGGCAGUGAUGGAGGUCAGGGAGGCAGUGGAGAGGAACCCCUACCAGGGUUGGGACCUGGGUGGCAUGUGGCUGGUCACACCUUGCUGGUUGCCGUGGCCAUCUGCAUCUCGGUGCUGCUGAGCUGCUGCUGCUCUGUCCUGCUGGUGGUGAGCUGGAGGGGUCAGAGGAAGAGGAUGGGACGCUACCGGACGUCAUGGAGAGGGAAGAGAGGCUCCAUGCGUCUGAUUAAGUAUGUGCUGGUCAAAGAGAACUCCUGAAUGUGAAAACAAGAUUUAAAAAAAAAAAAAGAUGGAAGUGACAUUUUUCUGGUGUUUCACAGUAUUAAUAAUGAAAGAAUCCCAGAUUAAGGGACAGUGGACAUGAAUAGAAUUUGUAUGGUUUUAUUUCUGUAAAUUUUCACACUCUGCAUCAUUUUAAAAGCCCGUAUGUUGCUUUCUAUUGCUUCUUUGUCAGGAAAUGGGGAUGGAAAAAGUAGUUAGCAGGCAGAAACACUAGUAGAGCUGAGAUGAGAGCACCAAAAACAGAAGAGCUCCAAUUUUUUGUCAAGAAAGUCAACAGAUGUCUUUUUGUCUGGCCUACAUUUUGAUGCACUUCAGUGACUUUAAACUGUU